AUUUUUGGGCCUUAGACAUAAUUUUUAAUUUUUUUAAGAACGACCUAAUUAUUUCUUUAAUCGGCAGCAGUAAUACAGUCAUAAUUUCUCUCCUCCCUCUUCCAUCAGACUCAACUCAUGGAUCGCGAAGCAGUGUUUGAGUUCCUUGGACAAGUCCCGUUGCUGCAGAGACUCCCCAGUUCUUCACUUAAGAAGAUCUCUGAGCUCGUAAGGAUCAAGCGUUACGAUCCUGGUGAAUAUGUUGUUCGAGAGGGGGAAGUUGGGGAGGCACUUUACAUUAUUUGGGAGGGUGAGGCUGAAGUUUCCGAAUCUCUGAAUAGGGAGGACGGGGAGCUUCAAUUGAAGAAAUAUGAUUAUUUUGGUGGUACUAACGAUUCUGUCCAUCAAGUCAAUGUAAUUGCAUUGUCUAAGCUCACAUGCAUCGUGCUGGAGCAUGGACAUAGAAUUCUGUUGGAACCAAGAUCAAUAUGGAAUGCAGAGGGAACUCCUAAUGACUUCUCACUAGCCGAGCAGAUAUUACAAUUGGAGCCUCUAGAAGUCGAUUUAUUUCGUGGUAUCACUCUGCCAGAUGCUCCACUUUUCAGACAAGUUUUUGGUGGACAGUUAAUCGGACAGGCAGUGGCAGCAGCGUCUAAGACCGUGGAUUGUCUAAAAUUGGUACACAGUCUGCAUGUUUCUUUUAUUGUGGCUGGUGAUAAUAAUGCCCCAAUUAUAUAUCAAGUUCACCGUGGACGUGAUGGUAGAAGCUUUGCAACCCGGCAAGUUGAUGCAAAACAACAUGGUGUUGUCAUAUUCAGUUUGAUUGUAUCAUUUCAGAAAGAAGAAGUAGGUUUUGAACAUCAAGAAAGUUUAAUGCCUCAGGUUCCAGCUCCAGAGACAUUACCAUCAAUGGAAGAGCUACGAGACAGACACCUCACUGAUCCUCGUCUUCCAAUAUCUUACCGAAAUAGGGUUGCUAAAAAAAGAUUUGUUCCAUGGCCCAUAGAGAUACGAUUUUGUGAUAUCAAUCCUCCUAGUCCUCUUCCACCACGUUCAAAUUAUUGGUUUAGAGCAAGAGGAAAGCUUUCUGAUGACCCAGCUUUGCAUAGAUGUGUUAUAGCAUAUGCUUCAGAUUUUAUAUUUGGCGGUGUUAGUCUAGAUCCUCACCGCCGGAAGGGUCAGAAGACAACAUCACUCAGUUUGGAUCAUGCGAUGUGGUUCCAUAGGCCUGCCAGAGCGGAUGACUGGCUGCUAUAUGUGAUAGAGGGCUACAAUGCCUAUGGGGGCCGUGGAUUUACUUAUGGUCGCAUGUUUAAUCGCCAAGGAGAGCUUAUUGUAUCAUCAACUCAAGAGGCUCUUAUUAGGAAGUGGAUGCCAAGAAACAAGGAUCCUAAACCAAAGCUUUAAGAGCUCAUAUGUAGGCACAAGCAAGGUUGUCUUUGUAUUCUGUAGAAAAUAUUACUGUCUGCUCGUCAACACUGGUUUGACUCGUAUCAUUUUAUUCAGGAUUGCUGAUGCUUGUACAGGCUGAUGCCACCAAUAUUUAUUUGCUUGUUCAUCGUUAAGUUACUCAAGUUACUUGAUUAAGGAUUGUAAUGUUGAAGGAUUGAUCUCUGUGAAACCCGCAUUUGCAUCCUCAUUAAAGUUCUGUACUUUGUAUUUUGCUC